UGUAUAUUUUUUUAAUCUACCUUUUGAGUGUUAAGUUGCUAUGUGAUGAUUUUAGCGUUCUUUGUAAGAUGACACAGUGAGUCAGACUGUUAUAUUGAGUAAUGGCCUCCCGCAAUUUCUGAUGGGUUGGCAAGCUCCUCGGGAGUUGCCUUAUAGCUCGUGAUUGGCUCAACUACCGUUUCCUCACUGACUCGCAAGCGGCACAGUAUUUAAACAAUUAGUCGUCAUUCUGAAGUAAAGGAGAUGUCCCAACAUUAUAACAUGGCCAUAAAUUGGCUGCACCCUUUAUAUGCCGCAGGGUUCAAAAGCAACAGCUUAAACACCGUAAAUUACGGUAAUUCAUGCAAAAAAAACUUGCAGACUAAUAUUACUCAGAGUAUGUUUUAGGGUGUACUUGUACUAUAAUGGAACUUUGACUGCGGUCAAAACGGCAAUAAACAUAACUGUUGGCUUUUUACAUCCACCUAGCCCCUCCCACCUUGUCUGGCACACUCUACACACAUGGUUCCUGUCAGCAGUGUUAUAGACUCUAUGAAUGGGUUUAACUAGUUUUUUUAGAGAUAAAACUCACAUCUAGAGAAGACGUAGUAUUUGUAUCCCUCUGGUUCUCUGUUCGUCGGGACAGAUACAGCAGAGGUGAUGGUCGUGGGGAACCCUCGCCAGGACGUCCUGAUGUUAAUUGUCGGCCCUAAAAGAGACACUGGAAACAAUUCGGUUCAGUCAAAAACAACUCAUUAACAUUUCACCGUUCCAAAAGUUUCCCAUAAAUGGCACCGCUGAGGCUCUUUCCGAUGUGUUAGAUCUCAAAGGAUCAGGUUGUCCCUCUCAGUUGAAGCAUGACUCAUUUUUCCCAGAGCGCUACAUGUGUUGAAACACAUAAAAAUGGCCUGCGUGAGUUCACCGUGCGUUUAAAUUGCUGUGCUCACACCCACUGUUACAUUCACCACACAAUUUCACUUGGGACAUUUGGGGUUUAACAGCUGCCACAAAUUUGGAAAACAUUAGGUACACCUGUGUUAUGUUACUUCAUUCGAAAUGUUUUGACUUUUACAAUAGAUCCCCCACUAUCCGUGCAGGCUGUGUUCCAAGAUCCCUGAGAAAUAACACCUAAACAAUGCCUAUGUUUCAUACAGUAGAUCCCUGCCUUUUCGAGGUUCGGUAUAUUAUAUGUGUAAGGGUAUUUUUAUUAGGGCUUUUUGUGGGUGCAUCAUUUAUUUUGACACUCACAGGAAAGGCCCCUGAGGAACUGUGAAUAAUGGAAUCACCUAGGAAAAUCCCUAAAAAUGCAUAUUGUUUUAGUAGAGCGCCGCUUGUUUGUAGUUUGGCAUUUUCCAGGUUUUAGAACGGGGGGUCCAAACUUUUUCCUCAGAGGGCGACAUACUGAAGACUGAAAGGACACAAGGGCCACUUUGUAAACUGUACAUUUGCUAAGAAGUUAUAUAUAUUUCAAGGCAAAACUGCGUCUCAGCUUUGUGACAUAGGUGGGAAAAGUCAUCCCUCGCUAUACUGAGGUUCAAUUAUUGCGCCCUCACUUUAUCGUGGUUUUCCAAAAAAAUGAUUUAUUAAUUAGCGAUGUUUUGUCGUUGACUAUGGCAUAUUAGUCGAAAAAUAUUGAAAGACAAAUGAUGUCCUAUUGUCACUAGACAUCAGUAAUGAUAUGAAACAUGACGUUAGAUUACAUUACCUUUCACACCGCAUGGAGACUACUGAGCCAGCAGAGCCAAGCCGACAUGCCAUGGCUGAGAUCGAGCGGGGGAAGAAAAGGUUCUCUCAUUCAAAAAGCCCUAAAAGUGCCUAUUUUUUAAACAGAUUGACGCCUAUUCGCGUUUUGGCAUAUUAUAGGGGUUAGAGCAGGGGUAUCCGUAUAUAUACUGUGUGUGUAUUUUUUUUUUUUUCAUUGGCCCGCGGUACAUUCUAAAAAUAUAAUUAAUUUAGCAAGAAAACUUAAAAAAACAAAAGUCAAAAUAUAAAGCGAAAAAAGUUGUAACGAGAAAAGGUAAAUUUACGAGGAUAAUGUAAUAUGAGGGAAAAUAAUGUAAUUUUAGUAGCAUGUUGAAGUAUUAGAUUUUUUUUUAAUGUCCUAAUAUAAACAUUUUUUUAAAAUCAGGAUGCAGACAGUUUUAAUGUUAAAAUUAAAUCAAAAUAUCAAGUCAAAAUAUUAUGGCAAUAAGUUCAUAAUUACGAGAAGAAAAUUUCGAACAUUAGUCAUUCUAACGAGGAAAAAAAGUCGCAAAUUUACAAAAUUAAACUCAAUGAGGAAAAAUAAUGACAUUUUAGUAGCAUAGAGUUGAAAUAUUAAAAAUGUUUUUUAAAAAGUGGUCAUAUGAGAACAUAAUGAAGUUGUCAUUUUUGGAAAAUUAGGUUGGGGAAAAAGUUAUUAUGACAAGGAUAAAGUCAAAAUAUGGCGAGAAGUAAAUUUACCAAGAUUAUUUAAGAAAAAAGUUGAAAUAUUUGGAAAAUUAAAAAAAUACCAAAAAAACCAUUUUGGGGAAAAAGGGCAAAGACCAAAGUUCAUACUAAUAAUACGUUUUGUCACCUAUAUCACAAAGAUGAGAUGCAUUUUUGUUUAUUUACUUAGGGGAAUUAGUACCUGCUUGCCGAACCACUCUGCUGCGGACUGUAUAAAUGGCAUAGUGUGGUUUCUUGUUACAUGAACUACUGCUGCCAGGCCGAUAGGAAUAUUUCUGGACCAAUCCACCUGCAAACAAUAACAGUGUCAAAUGAGUUCAACUUGCAGAUUGAUAAUGCAACAUUUAGGCAAUCGCAUGUGCCAACAAUAACAUCAGCAGUUGUUCACCUCUCUUGAAGAAAUAGACCGAUUCUGUCCUCCUGCGGUACUCGGGCACAGACAGAGCAGCUGUGAUGUGGCCCCGAAGUCCAUCAAAUCCUGUCUCCACAGCCUUUGGAUAGCCCUGGUCCAAAUGAUCAUUCUCAAAUCUCCAGUACUGGUUUCCCUGCAAAACACAUUAAGCCAUAAAACACAAAGCUGCUAUAUAUACGUUUGAGGAUUGUGAUGAAGUCUUGCAAAUUACCUUAAUGAUGUAUGUUUUGCCCUGACAGUUACACCGGGUGAACACCGUGUCAAUGGGGGACGGGACACCCCAGGUUUGUGUGAUGCCACGAGCAGGACCUGGCACCCUGUUUCGGUCCAAAAACCAGAAGUAAUGACCUGUGGAGCAUACAUUAAAAUCUUAUCAAAAUCAUACAAGAACACUUUACAAUGAUUAGCCUUAAAAAUCUACAUUAUUGUGUCAUUUAAGACCACUUGAGUAUGUUGAAACAAUGCAACAUAUUCCAAACCCUUUCUUGUCAUUUAAUAUGUGAAAUACCCCAACAUUAAUGAAGUUAGCCUAAAAUUACUUGCACCCCAGCAAAAUUGAAAUUGAAAGACUGCAUUCUUUCACCUGUCUAAACGGCGUCCCAUUGUCAAACUAAAUUGCGUCAAACACAGCGACUUGACUUGAUACAUUUUGCACUCUUUUGCACAAUUUCUUGGCACUGACCUCUGAAGACUGCAAUGGUGCCAUUCCUCAGUGUGGUGAUUGCACUGGCUGGCCGCCCACUGCACAAAUUUGUGUCAUUACUGUCAUCUGGGGAAAGAAAAAAGACAUCUUAAUGAAAUGUGAGAAAACAUAAUUGUAACCAGAAUUUGAGCUCUAGGUGGGCGGUUCUGGGCAAUAAACUUCAUUUAUAAUGUGGGAAAACCCACAUCACUACUUAAAGGGAAGAAAAUCUGUAAACCAUUGGCAGUUUCCCAAACCAACUGUCUCUUUAUUUUCUUAAAAUUUUCUAAGAAUCUAUGAAUGCAAGCUCUUACCUGCUUGGUAGUUUCUGGAAUCAUCCACAGUCCCAGGUUUAGGAGUGGGUUUAUCCACACGGGCUGUAGUUGUCUGUGGAUUGGAAGGGUUUGGUUUGUCCUGAGGUUUAGGGGUGGGUUCAGAUGAUUGGGGGAUGGUUGGUUCCUGGGUUGGUUUGAGUGGAUCAGCAGAAGGCUCUGCUGCGGUAGAAUGCUCUAUAGAAUCGCCCUGCGGUGCAUCUGUGGGCAAUGGACUGGCGGUCUCUAUAGCAUCAAGGUCUGACCCCACUGGAGAAACACUAGUGGAGGGAUUCUGUUGGUCUGGUGGCGAAGAAGGGCCUGUUGGGCUUAACGUGGUCUGGAUAGAUGGAGGGACCAUUGUUGUUGAAUCAGGGAUGGUGGCCUCAGAGCUUCCUGCAUCUCUGGAAGACUCUGUAAUGGGUUCUGAAGGCACUGAGGUUGUGAUUGUGUUGGAGGCUGUGGAGGACUCUUGGGUGAGUUCUGAAGGCACUGAAGUCGUAAUUGCAUCAGAGGACUCUGGUGUGGGUUCUUGGGGUGCAGAAUUGGUGGAGAGGUCUUGGGAGGCUUCUGGUGGUACUGGAGUUUUAGAGGGUUCUUGUGGGGGUUCUGGUGAUACUGAAGAUGCAGAAGAGUCCUGUGAGGGUUCGGCUGGUACAAGCGUGGAGGAUUCUUGUGGGGGUUCUGGUGGUCCUGGAGUUGCAUAAGAAUCUUGUGAGGGUUCUGGUGGUACUUGCGUUGUGGAGGAUUCUUGUGAGGGUUCUGGUGGUACUGGCGUUGUGGAGGAUUCUUGUGGGGGUUCUGGUGGUACUGAAGAAGCAGAGGAGUCUUGUGGGGGUUCUGGUGUUACUGGAGUUGCAGAAGAAUCUUGUGAGGGUUCUGGUGGUACUGGCAUUGUGGAGGAUUCUUGUGAGGGUUCUGGUGGUACUGGCGUUGUGGAGGGUUCUGGUGGUACUGAAGAUGCAGAGGAGUCUUGUGAGGGUUCUGGUGGUACUGGCGUUGUGGAGGAUUCUUGUGAAGGUUCUGGUGGUUCUGGCGUUGUGGAGGGUUCUUGUGAGGGUUCUGGUGGUACUGAAGAUGCAGAGGAGUCUUGUGAGGGUUCUGGUGGUACUGGAGUUGUAGAGGAGUCUUGUGAGGGUUCUGAAGUUGUGGCGGAAAAUGAGGGUGUAACUGCUGCUUGUGUAGCUUCAGUUGGACCAACAGUCUGUGCCAGGGAUGUCGUCUCCUGUGGUACGGUGUCUGCUGUGGGAGAAGGUUCUGGUUUGUUUGCUAAGGUUGGCGUUGGUUCGCUGGAGACCUGCUCAACUGCUGUAGUGGGUUGCGGAGUUGCUCCUGAGUCUGGUAAAGUGGUAGCAUCAUAGACAUCUGGAAGUGCAGGAGAUAAAUUAGAGUUGCUUGUCAGGUUGUACUCAAGUACAGUGGACCUUCAGAAAUUGAAUGGGUUUACGGGUUUAAUAAUGUAGGAUUCAAACCAUAAUUACAAGGAUCCCAGAUCCUGACCUGACGUAGUUUGGAUUAAUUUUGAAUUAUGACCAAAUCUAAGGUUCACCAACCUCCUGAAAGGGAUUCCAUUCGAAUUCUGAGGGUCCACUGUGAUAAAUUGAGUGUCUCUACCUUAAAGUGAUUUAUCAGUCUACUCUAGAGUAUGUUCGAAUCCCAAACAACUCUCAAGAUUGACAUUAACCUGAAAUUAUCACCCAUAUUUAUCCUUUUCUGGUUUUUACACACCUGCACUCUGGGUAGGUGUGACCUCCUCAGCCAUGUCAAACGUGGUUGACUUGACCUCAGUUGGUUUGUUCUCAGAGGGAGUGGUCGCUGUUGUAGAAACCACCGUAGCUGCCUCUGAGCCCGCCUCUGGAGUGACUGUGAUCAAGGUGGCUUGAGUGGUGACAUCCCCGCUCUUGCUCUCUGGGUUCGGACUUUCCCCUGGAGCCUCAUUGUUGGGGAAUCCAUCAUCUGGUAUGGCCUCGGUGUGUAUAUCUACGAUCACAAUGUCAUAACGUACAUUGGUGCACUUUGAUGUCAAUGUUGUGACAGGUUACAAGUGGAAAAAAUGAAUUUACUUUCCUUAAGUACAUCAUCACUCACCAUUAUUUGAAUCAUCUUGUGCACUGGAUGUUGGACUCACCAGUGGAACAUCAUAAUUAUCUGUUAUGGGAAAAUAUGCAAGAAAUAAUACAAAUGUCUCAAAUCUACGCUUGAAUGAAUACCUCCAAAAUGCAUUAACAGUAAUAAUAAUAAUGGAACAUCCUGGUCAUUACACCUACAACAGCAGUGUCCAAACUUUCUCUACCAGAAAACAUUACGUAUGUGGGGGCCUCUUGGAUAAUUUUCAGCUUUUGUUAUGUUAAAACCAAUGCACUGUGGAUCAAAACAUGCUAUGUAGUUAAGUAUAUUUAACUCCACUUUGUGAUGCUGAUGACAAAGCAAAUUGUUAUAUGAUUAAUAGGACUGUCAAAAAUAACGACGAGUUACGAUGAGUUAUGUUAUAUUUUUAGCAUAAAUAACACAUGACAAGCCACACCUCUCUGUUAAGACGGCCGACGAGUGUGUACGUGUGGUCUAAAUCAAAAGGGAAAAAAAAGUAGGUAUUAUCGCUCACGCCGUAAUGGGCACCACACACAGGAGGCGACACAGCCUCAACUCCAUUCAUUUUCAAUGGAACCUGCGCGAUUUGUGCGUGUGUUUGUUUGUGCUCAUCGGGCGCACGCUGGCUUGCGACGCGAUCCCAGAAAGUUGAAAAAUGUUGAACUUUUCAUCGCUGUCGCCCAGACGAGGACUCAUCAGCGCUGAUCGACCAAUGAGCGGACUGGAUGCUAACCAGUACGCUCUCGCAAGUGAUACUUGCCGUGUCAGAUUUCCCGGAGCUAUUUGACAUUUGUAAAACAGAAUAUAGAGAUAUAAAGAAAACAGCAGUGGCGUGGGAUAUCGUUGGAGCCAGAGUAAACAUAUCGGAACGCUGUCAGUGCAUGCCGAGUGACGAUACGAUGGCUUUCUUUCAGAACAACUUCUGGGGGGAGAAGAAUGCCGGCUUUGACGUGCUCUACCACAACAUGAAGCAUGGCCAGCUGGCGACCAAGGAACUCGCUGAGUUUGUUCGUGAGAGAGCUGCCAUUGAGGAGACCUACUCCAAAUCCAUGGGCAAACUGGCUAAGAUGGCCAGCAAUGGAAGCCCACUGGGGACUUUUGCACCAAUGUGGGAUGUGUUCAGGGUGUCUUCUGACAAACUGGCUCUCUGCCAUCUUGAGCUCAUGAGAAAGAUGAACGAUCUCAUCCGGGACAUCAACAAGUACGGAGACGAGCAGGUCAAAAUUCACCGAAAGACAAAAGAGGAGAUGGUGGGGACAGUGGAGGCAGUGCAGGCGCUGCAAGUUCAGAGUGGCCACCUCCAGAAGUCCAAAGAGGGUUACCAUACCAAAUGUUUGGAGCUGGAGCGGAUCAGGAAGGAGGGAGCUCCACAGAAAGAGCUGGAAAAAGCGGAGCUGAAGUCUAAGAAAGCAGCAGAAGCAUUUGCACUGUGCAUUGAGAAGCACAAUCGAGUGGGAGUAGAGUUUGAGCAGAAGAUGAAUGAGUCCACCCAGCGAUUUCAGGAAAUUGAGGAGAGCCACUUACGGCAGAUGAAACAGCUGAUAAAAGGUUACUCCCAUUCCAUAGAAGACACCCAUGUUCAGGUUGGACAGGUUCAUGAGGAAUUCAAGCAAAAUGUAGAAAACAUUGGCAUUACUGAUCUCGUCCAGAAAUUUGCAGAGCUGAAAGGCACCGGCAAGGAGAGGCCAGCUCUGAUUGGUUUUGAAGAGUACAUGACUCUCGCACCUGAAGGUGGGAAGAAGAGUCGAGCAAAAGCCUUCAGGAUCCCUGGCCUGGGCAAGAGGGACAAGGAGCCAGACUCUACGGAAUCAGCUGGAACAGAAGCACUGAAUUCACCCUUGGAGGUAGACGACGAAGGAUUUGUUAUCCGAGCUGACAGCACUCAGAAUGGCUGCUCUGAAGAUAAGGAGCACAACUUCUACUCCAGUGACUCAGACUUUGAUGACGAGGAGCCCAAGAAGUUCCACAUCCAGAUAAGACCGGUGGUCAACAGCAACCGCAGCAGCGCCGCAGCCAGCGAGAAGGAGCUAAAAGCCACCGUGGGGACUCUCACGCUGCCGCCCAACAGAGGGGUGACUGUGAAGCGACAUCUCUCCAGAAACUCUAGUACAUCUGGACGGACAGAAGAUGGUGAAGGCACCACCCCCAGAGAUGGAGACCAGGAGGGCCUGUGCAGGUCCACUUCCAGUCCUGAACCCAGCAGGUUGAAUUCUACAGCAUCUGGUGCCGACAGCCUGUUUGGACCUCCACUAGAGGCAGCCUUCAAAUCCAAAAGUUUUGGUGGUCGGGAACAACUCCGAGAGCAGUGUUCUUUUGGAGCCUCUGAAUAUGCUGCCUUUUCAUCAGCUUCCUCCUCACCAGACAACAUUGAGGACUCUGGUCUAGACUCGCCUUCCCUUCAGCCACUUGGACCCUCUCCUGAGCCAGUAGGCUGGGCAGCAUGGCCUCCUGUUUCUCAGAGUAAAGAACAGACCCAAACACGAGGGCAAACUGCAGACCCUUUCCUCUCAGUCUUCUGUGAACCCUCCCCUGCUCAAAGUCCUCAUCCACAGGACGACCCUGUGAGCGCCUGGUCCGUUGGCCCAUCACGUUCCUCUCGUCUCCCCUCAGAUAUGGACUCUUCCUCCACACGCUUCCCAGCUUUUCCACAAUCCUUCCCCUCAUCGGAGAUGGACGCAGAGAUGUGGAACUGCAGACACAUCCCUGAGGAUCCCUUCUUUGCUGCUUUUGACAGGAAUUUCAAACAAGAGACCUCAAAGCUGGCUGACGCCUGGCCACGUCAGCCUCCACGUCCAGCCCAGGAGGGGAGGAGUUCUGAGGUGCGAGGGGACCCGUUCUCCAUCUCUGUCCCUGACACCAAGACGCUUCCGCCCCCUUCUUCCUCCUCUUCCUCCUCCACCUCCUCCAAUCGUAAAAACAGAGACAGGAAACGAGAUCGUAGUUUACCACCACCUAUUACUUCUGAUGACCCAUUUGCAAUCACCAUGAUUGGCAGCCCGACCCACCAGUCAUCAAUGACUGCCACAACUGGAAUAGUCCCGCUUCGUAGCAAUGGUAGCACCACCAACAGCAACAGGCUUGUGUUUGACACCAGUCCAGGUUCUUUAUCCCAAUCCCAGCCAAAGAAGGAGGUGGUCCACUGGAACUCUGUCCACAACCCCUUUACGGAGAGCACCUCUGGAAAACUGAGCACCUCCAAACAAACGGAAGGAGGAGCAGGAAAGGGCGAUGCAGCAGGAGAGAGGCGAAAACAUCGAUCUUCAGAGAGCGAGCCUCGCCGAAAUGCUCCUCCCCUCACAAGACAUUCAGGCCCGCAGGAAGAUCUUUGCUUCUCCACGGACAAAGACCAAGAUUGUCUCGACCUCAACACUCCGAUACCUUGCAGUAGCGUCUCUCACAAAGGGUCCAAACACACCUACAGAAAUGAUACCGAAAACGUGAUCACAGCUGCUCUUUCCAGGGCGACAAGGACCAAAAGGAGCACAGGUCGACUCAAUGAUCGGUCACGGUCGCUGUGCUCUUCACCUCUGCCUGAGCCUAGCCCCUCCCUCACCUCCUCCUCCUCUUCCUCCUCGAGCCCUAGCGAGUGGGGGCCCCAAACCAGAGACACUGAAUGGGGAGGGCAGAAUCGAGCCCACAGCCCUGCCAGGGUGGGACAAGCCUCCCCUCUACCCUACCCGCUCCAGGACCACCCACCAAGACAGUUGCACCUCUCGCGAGGACCCAGUCCCAUUUCCCUCAGCACCCAGGAGGCGUGGCCUGUGGCGGCAGCCAUCACCGAGUACAUCAACGCUUACUUCAAGGGUGGACAACACAAUCGCUGUCUUGUGAAGAUCACAGGCGACCUGACGAUGUCCUUCCCAGCAGGCAUCACUCGCAUUUUCACAGCUAACGCCAACGUUCCCGUGCUUAGCUUUCGACUGGUCAACAUCUCCAGGAUAGACCACUUCCUGCCUAAUCAGAAACUUCUCUACAGCGAUCCGUCUCAGAGUGACCCGGAAGCCCGGGACUUCUGGUUCAACAUGCAGGCCCUGCAGCUCCACCUGCAGCGAGAAGCUGAGGUCAACCCCCAGGCUUCCUACUACAAUGUUGGACUACUCAAGUAUCAGGUGUCCUCCCAGGACCCAGCCAGGGCCCCUCUCCUGUUGUCAGCAGAGUGCCAGCGAAGUGGCACGGUGAUCAGGGUGUCUCUGGACUACCACUGCUGUCCUGUGACGGCGCCUUCCACCCAGCUCACCGCCGUCCAGGUGCUGCUGCAGCUGGACCACACUGCGACCGACCUGCAGUGCCAGCCGCCCGCCUCCUGGAACGCUGAGGAAAGGCGUCUGCUGUGGAAGCUCUCCAACCUUUCUCCCACCAACCACAGCAAAGGCUCGGGGACGCUGUGUGCCAGCUGGCAGUGUUUGGAGGCCCCCCACGGCCCCCCGCCCAGCCUGGCCGUACAGUUUGCGGGCUCCGGGGCCUCGCUGUCUGGCAUGGACGUGGAGCUGGUCGGCAGCCGCUACCGCAUGUCGCUGGUCAAGAAGCGAUUCGCCACAGGGAAGUACAUGGCGGGCUGCACCUUGUGAUGUCUGCUUCCAUCCGUCUUCACGAGAAUGUUGCACGAUCAAGACGUCCUGGAGACGAGGCGCAUUCCGUGUGUUCCUUUCGAAGGAAGCGAACAAGCACUUAGUUCUGACAGUGUUUACUGCUGUUUUAGGACCAAGCUACCAUCAUCAUCUUCUUCUUCUUCUCGAUUUUCACUUGCGUAUUGUCUCGUCUCUGCCUGGAGGGAAAGUUCUUCUCUUGUUUUCUUCUCGUGCCUUUUUGUUUACCAGACUGCGAACGAAGCUAAAGGUCCGUUACAGGGAAGAAUGUGAGCAAUAAGUUGAUGAGCAUUAUGGAUGAUGAGUAUGGAGUUGCUGGCAUAUCCCAAAUGACUAAACAGGGUUGUUAGAUCUUUUAAACCUUCCAAAAAAAGCGUUGUUUGUAUAUCUGCUACAAAAAGAGGAAUUGUGAUGUUGAUGUUUGAUAAAGAAAUGUGCAAGACUUUGGUUUACGCCAGUUUAUUAUAACACAUUGUGACCAAGUACAAAAUACAGCCUGUAUUAUGCAGUAUAACAACCAUCGUCUGUUCUUGGGCUGGAUAAAGUGGAGGUUUAAAAAGACACAAAAAUAAGGGUUCAGUAUACUUGUAAGAGGACCCAAAUCUAGCUCCAUAAAAAAACAAAUCAAAAUCUAAAACAGUUUUACAAAACAUUAAAAAGAAUAUUACAUUUUUCCAAAGCACUUGAAGGCGACACGUCUCAAAAAGCCUUAAAUAAGUCAGCACAAG